AUGAAUAAUAUUCCACGUCCACUUUAUAUCUUUAGAGGACAUGAGGUACAAAUUAGUUAUAUUCAUUUUUUUAAAAAAAAUAAAAAUCUUGCAACUUGUGAUGCUAAUGGUUGGGUUAUAAUUUGGAAUGUUUUUACUAGGAGGCCAAUUAUAGUUUGGAGAGCACACUUAGACUCAGUACUUACUUGUCAUUAUUGGAAUGAUAAUUAUUUUAUUACACAUGGAAGAGAUAAUAAAAUAUAUAUUUGGCAGCUUGAGUUUGAAUAUGAAGAGGGUUUAGAAAUAUACCUUCCAAUUGACCAAAAAGAAGAAUAUCAAAAAAAACCAUGGAUGGUUUAUAGUCUUAAUAUUAAUUCUUUAAAUUAUUGUUCUUUUUCUGUAUGUGAUAAAGUAUUAAAAAAAUUAGAAGAUGAUGUAAAGGAUGAAAUUUUUAUGGCUGUUCCUAAUUCAAAUAAAAAUGAAUUGAUAGAUAUUUAUGUUUUGCCCAAUUGUCAGUUGGUAUAUUCUGAAAUAGGUUCUACUAAAGAAACCACUGGAAUAAUAAUGAGUCUUUGUAUAUAUUAUCGACAAAAAUUGUCUUACAAGACUUUAGAAAUUUCUGCUGGUUUUGAGAGUGGGCAUGUAGGUGUUUUUCUGUUUUCUCCAGUUCAUCAAGUAUGGGAAACUAAAUAUUUAUUUAAAGUGCAUACAGAACCAGUUUUAUCGAUACAUUGUGAUCCACAUUAUGAAUUUCUUAUUUCAUCUGGUAGUGAUUCAUUUGUUGUAAAAUAUUAUCUUGAUUCAGAUUCGGAUAAUAUACUAAAAUUUAAAACACGACAUGUUGGACAACAAUCUCUUAGGAUUCGUUCUGAUGCUAAAAUAUUUGCAACUGCUGGUUGGGAUGGUAAGGUUAGAGUAUAUUCGUGUAAUACGCUCUCUCAAUUAGCUGUAUGUAAAUGGCAUGAGACUGGAUGUUAUUCUAUUGCUUUUUCAGAAAUAAUCCCUAAACAUUACAAGAUACUAGGAUCAUUUGAAAAAAACAAACAACUAGAACGAUCAGAAAAGCAUUGGUUAGCAGCAGGUGGAAAAGACGGGAAGGUAUCAUUAUGGGAAAUUUGUUAA